AUGACUGGAAACCCACUACGACUUUUUUCAAUGAUACCGCAAAAUAUUGGAUUGCAUAAAAAAGAUCUUCAAAAGGUGGCAGACGAAAAUUCUGAAUUUGGAAUAGCGCACAAAAAAAAAGCCCGAGAUAUCCUUGACGAUUGGAAGAAAGGAAAUCCUCAGCGUUCUAGUGGCGUGAAAAUUGAAAGUUUUCAAGUAAAGAAGAUGAAGCAGUUCGCAGGAAAUUACGCAGGAGAUUACGCAACCCAAAUCAUGGGUAAUAAUAUAAUUUUGGGAACAAAAAAGGAUGAUCACGAAGAGUCACUCUUCCCUCAUCCACACGUUGUCACUCCCACCCUUCCACCACGAACACCCGAACAUCAAACAUACCCUUCUGAUUCUUUCGUCUCCCAACCUGCAAGAAAUGAAACCAAAAUGAAUGAACUUAACACAAAUAGGCGGGACUCAUUGAACUGUACGUUUGAUAAAUACGUGGAUGAUGAAUGUACUGAUGAAGACGACGUUUUCGAAGAAUUUCAGCUGAGUAAUUGGGAGUUUGAUGAACCAAUGCCAACCUGGCUAAGUAAAGUAAUAGAACGACAAAAGUCUUUGACCUCACAAACAGACCUAUCUGCAAGAUUCGAAUCGUCAUUGAAGUUAGAACAUAUUGAUUCAGUGAAGGCUCUAGCGAUCGUCGGGCCACGUGUUUGCCUCGAUAUUGUUCCGCAAUCAAUACAUGCAUCACAGUUGACGGCAAGUCAUCUUGCAUAUGUUCAUUACAUCUCAACAUCAGGAGAAUCUUUAUACGUAUCUUAUCCAUCGGAACCCAUUCUUGCUGAGGCUUCAGCACAUCUCAUGCAUCGCAUUGCCCGAACGCGUUACUUAAGUCAACUGGUGCAUGCGGUGCGUUCAGGUCAUGUCGAGGGGGGCUUUCGAGGUGAACUAGUGGGUAGACUUCUGGCACUCUUCGCAUGGGACAAGGCACAAGGACCACCGAAUGCCAUAGAUGUCCAUUUCUCACGGGCUCUUUGUGUCGGUGAAUAUCUCGAACAGUUGAUUGCAGGUGGUCGCAAAAAAGUGAAAGAGAUUUUGGAAGAAAGUGCUGUUGAUUCAUCAGUCAUGGUCAAUUUUCUUUCAGGUGAAAUGUUUUUCACACAUUUUGUCCCGCUUCGUUACACACAAUCCAGGGUGGAUCUGCCGCGUUGCAUCAAUCGCGGAGCUGCCAUUCAAUGUAAACGUGGACAAACUGGGAUCGAUCUUAUCCUGCCGGUCAUCCUACCUCCGAGUUCUAAUACAAAUAGGCAUGCGGAAUCACAAAAUCUGUUCACAGUAGAAGAUGCAAGUCAAAGUGCGACCUCCGUGCAAGAUUCUGAUACGUACAGUACUGCAAGUGCUUCAAGCGUCAGUACACCUCUGGGGAUUUUUUCAUGGGUGGGUUCAACGGAUAUUGCAGACCUGGACCAGAGAAUCUCGUGUAUUCUCAUCCAAUGUCGGAACUAUCAAGAUUCUCGCGACACACAAGAGGUUUAUGCACGUCAAUCUGUUAGUAUGACAUACAGUGGGAUUACAACAGCACCUUUCUUGACUUUAUAUCAGCAGUUUGGCGGAGAGGCUUCAAUUACAUCAUUAGCGGACAAAGUAGGAGAAGAGGAUAAAGGUAAGGAAAUUGUUAGCAGCACAAAACCAGCUUCAAAACGCAAAUACGAGUCUUUGGAACAGGAAGAACAACGCAAACAAUAUCAGAUGUCUAUUGGUUUGUUUGGCCUGAAUAACGAAGUCUAUAAGUGCUUUGAUGAUGAUCCCGAAGAAGAUAGAAUUUUUGAGUUACUUCAAAAGUUAGCUCAAUCGCAUCCUGAUCCUGUCAAAUUCCAUGCAUCACGCAAGGAUAAAUAUGUAGUUAUACGAAACAAUCCUUUACAAUACCAUCCCGAUUCUUACAUCAAAGCCAAUGAAAUCUCUUUUUCGUAG